CGAGAAGAAGCAAGCGCUUUAGAAUUCAGUUGUUGGACGAACGUAAAGCUGCGUACAUUUUUAAUAUAUUUUUCUGUCAUCGUUUCGCGGCAACAACAAUAACAAUAAAAAAAAUAUAUUAAAAUUUGCGCUCAAUUAUCGAUUUGCAGCAAAAAAUGACGCAUUAUAUCGACACACGGAAACUCAUUUCGGACAUUCAGAUGCGCCCGGCGCUCUGGAAUCGAAAUUACGCCGUCAACAAGGCAUUCACGGAAGACACAUGGGACGAACUUGCUGAAAUUCAUUCGUUGCCAAAAUCCGUACUGAAAACCCGCUGGAAGAGUUUGCGCGAUAACUUUCGCAUCGAAUUCAAACGCAUUCCUCGCGAUGCCAACGGAAGUUGCCUGAUCUCACCAAAUUUGCACAAAUCCAAAUGGGCUUAUUACAAAUCUUUGCUCUUCCUCGUCGAUCACAUGAAAUCCCGUUACCCCAACCAAGAUUUCGUUGCGGAAACGAACGUCAGUAACUCAUUUGUGCGCGAUUUGCAAGGCAUUACGCCCGAUACCUCCUCGAACAUGGAUUAUUCGGGUGCCGAUGACGAAGAUGUCGAAUACAUAAACAUUCCAGAAGUCCCCCCGCUUAAAGUUACUUUGGGAUCUGUGUCGCCAGGAUCAGAUCAUCACAGCAACAAUGGGCAUGAUACAACGCCGCCAUUACCGCCAUUAGUUCCUGUGACAGCGCCAAAGAAUUAUCCGCCGGCGAAGCGUUUGCGACAAGCCGAAGUUGAAGAAAAUGGAUCUGAGGAAAAGGACAAAGAAGAUGACGAUUAUCAUUUUUUGAUGUCGAUCCAUACGUUCAUGGGACAACUCAAAAAUGGACAAAAGCUGAAAAUGCGGAUGAAAAUUCAAAAGUUGCUGUAUGAUGAAUUGUUUAAGGAUCACGAAGAAGAAGAAGAAGCAACGAAUGGAGUUGCUUCUGCGGAAUAAAUGUGUGUGAA